ACUAUAACUAAAACCCUCUCUCUCUCUCUCUCUCGGCAACCAAACCCUCGCUUUCAUCUCCACCUUUUCUGUUUCGGUUUAGGAUCACGGGAGCUUCGGUCGGCGGGUUGGUUACGGCAUUUCUGGGGGGAAAGAGAGAGUUCCAGAAGGAGAAUUGGGAUGGCGCUGGCGGCUGGGUUACCGUCUGAUUGGGUGCCGACGGGGCCGGUGGUGAUGCCGCCGGCCGCGGCGGCGGAGGGGUAUGCGAAGGACGCGAUCAUUGCGUGGUUCCGGGGGGAGUUUGCGGCGGCCAACGCCAUCAUCGACGCGCUCUGCAGCCACCUGACUCAGCUAGAGGGUGGCGGCCGGCCUGGGUCUGAAUACGAAUCGGUGUUUGCGGCGAUUCACAGGAGGCGGUUGAACUGGAUCCCGAUUCUUCAGAUGCAGAAGUACUACUCUAUCGCCGACGUCACGCUGGAGCUUCGGCGAGUCGCCGAGAAGAAGGUGAGGGACGGAGAGGUAGGCGAGGAUGUGAAGAAAAGUGAAGAAGUGAAAGUCUCUGUGAAUGAGGUAGAGAAGAGCGGGGAGGUUUUUGAAGAGGAGUCGACGGAAAGUAAUGAAAAUGGCGGUGGCGAGGUGGUCGAUGCGGAUUCGAACAAAGACGAUUCGCCGGAGAGCGAGAUUACCGAUUCAGGGUCCCAGGAACUGCAGCCAACGGUAGAAAACGUGGACUUGUGUUCAAACCAUGAGGACUGUGAGGCUCGGCUCGCCCAGAUCAAGAUGACCAAAGGGUUCAUAGCCAAGGAGCCAGUCAAAGGGCGUAUGGUGAAUGUCGUGAGAGGUCUCAAGUUAUAUGAAGACGUAUUCACUGAUACCGAGCUCACUAAGUUGAUUGACUUUGUGAAUCAACUACGACUUGCAGGCUGGAACGGAGAACUCUCAGGCGAUACCUUUAUUUUGUACAACCAGCAGAUGAAGGGAAAGAGGAGAGAGUUGAUUCAACUUGGUGCUCCUAUUUUCGGACACAUAAAAGAGAACUCAUCAGAAACAGAAGAUGAAAUGAGUCAUAUUGAGCCGAUUCCAACUCUACUCCAAAGAGUCAUUGACCACUUGGUCCAGUGGCAUCUCAUCUCAGAAAAUAGACAACCAAACAGCUGCAUCAUUAACUUCUUUGAUGAGGGGGAAUUUUCACAGCCUUUUCAGAAACCUCCUCAUUUGGACCAGCCUAUCUCUACACUGGUCCUGUCCGAAUCAACCAUGGCCUUUGGACGGACCCUCAUAAGUGAUAAUGACGGGAAUUACAAAGGGCCACUCAUGCUUUCACUGAAGGAAGGGUCAAUUCUAGUCAUGAGGGGAAACAGCUCUGAUAUGGCAAGACAUGUAAUGUGCCCAUCUCCAAACAAAAGGGUGAGCAUCACAUUCUUCAGAGUCCGCUCAGACACUGAGAAGAACGGCUCAACGACAAUGCUUCCCCUAACAAGAGCCAUGACCGUAUGGCAACCCGGAGUCCCCAGCUCAUAUGCAAUCCCAAAUGGGGCUCAGAGUGGCUGUGAGUCAAUGGAUGUGAUCCCUAAAUGGGGAGUACUUCGUGCCCCUGUCGUCAUGUUGGCUCCAAUGCACCCAGUGGUUGUUAGCCCCAGAAGGAUCCCGCAAGGUGGAACUGGGGUCUUCUUGCCCUGGACUGUUGGAUCAAGGAAACCGGCAAAACAACUUCCUCCACGUGCUCAACGAGCUCGAUUUCUUGCAUUGCCUUCUCCAGUUGAUAAGCAUGCACUAGCAGAAUCAGUUUCUGAUUCAGGGAUUGGUGCUGAGGGGCAAGUGGCCUAAUUUGUACAAACAAGGCUCCCCAGGUGCUGAUAGAUGAGUUUUUUUCUUAUUUUCCAUCCGCUUCCUGCGCUCCUACUUGUUAGAAGGAAUUAGAUUCUAGAGGUGCUUGUACGAUCUUUUCUCCAUGCAAAUUGUAUUUGGGCUCUAGUGAUAGUUGAGUGUGAAUUAGCCGUAAUGAGGGUCGAAUUUUGUACUAAUUUAAAGUUUUUAUUUCAAUUAAUCUCUUUUAAAGUACAAA